GACCUAACUCUUCAUUUUUCUCCCAGCCAAAUUUUCUCUAAAAGACAAGGUGCGUGAAAUAAAUUAAUCUGGCAAAUAUUUAAAGGACCCAAGUGAUUAAAUAUUGUGAUAUUAUUUUGUUAAAAGGUUUUUCACAAUAUGAAGUAAAACAUUACAUGGUUGUGAUCACCUCUUCUAGCUAUUAGUCAAUUGUAAGAAGAGAGAGAUAAAAGGUUGUGAAAAUAAACAAAACUACACCAUCAUAAAAUAAAAUGGCUGGUCCGUCAAGAGGACAGAAUCCACAUGGUUUAAGACAAAUUGAAUUGGAUCAAAUUUGGGAUGAUCUUAAAUCCGGUAUCGAGCAUGUGUAUCAAAGACAGUCCAUGACAAAAACUCGCUACAUUGCCUUGUACACUCAUGUUUAUAACUAUUGUACAAGUGUGCAUGGUCAAGGCCAAGGUCAACAAGUCCAUCAAGGUCGUGCUCCUGGAGGCAGAAAGACUAAACAGCCAGCCGGUGGAGCACAGUUUGUUGGUCAUGAACUUUAUAAACGAAUUAAAGAGUAUCUUAAGGAUUAUCUUGUAAAAUUAUUAAAGGAUGGUCAAGAUCUGUUAGAUGAACAAGUUUUACAGUUUUAUACACGACAGUGGGAAGAUUAUCAGUUCUCUAGUAAAGUUUUAAAUGGUAUAUGUGCCUACCUUAAUCGCCAUUGGGUAAGACGAGAAUGUGAUGAAGGAACAAAAGGCAUUUAUGAAAUAUAUUCUUUGGCUCUUAUAACAUGGAGAGAUAAUUUAUUCCGGCCAUUAAAUAAACAGGUUACGAACGCUGUUCUUAAACUUAUUGAACGAGAACGACAUGGAGAAACGGUUAAUACAAGACUUAUCAGUGGAGUUAUAAAUUGUUAUGUUGAACUCGGUUUAAACGAAGAUGAUCCAAGUGCUAAAGGGCCGACGCUUACGGUUUAUAAAGAUCAUUUUGAAAGUCCAUUUUUAGAAGACACAGAGCAAUUCUAUAUAAGAGAGAGUACAGAAUUCUUACAGCAAAACCCAGUAACAGAAUAUAUGAAAAAGGGUGAAACUCGAUUAAAAGAGGAACAGAAAAGAGUUCAAUUAUAUUUACAUGAAAGUACACAAGAUGUGUUGGCACGUGUCUGUGAAAAAGUUUUAAUAGAAAAACAUCUUGAGAUAUUUCAUUAUGAAUUUCAAAAUCUUCUUGAUUCAGAUAAAAAUGAUGAUCUGGGUCGAAUGUAUCAGCUUGUAUCUAGAAUACAGGAUGGUUUAGGUGAAUUAAAGACUUUAUUAGAAACACAUAUAUGUAACCAGGGUCAAACAGCUAUAGACAGAUGUGGAGAGGCUGCUCUUAAUGACCCAAAAAUUUAUGUUCAAACAGUUUUAGAUGUACAUAAGAAAUAUCAUGCGUUGGUUAUGACAGCAUUUAAUAAUGAUGCUGGUUUUGUUGCUGCCCUUGAUAAGGCAUGUGGUAGGUUUAUUAACAAUAAUGCUGUCACAAAAAUGGCUCAGGCUUCAAGUAAAUCUCCAGAAUUAUUGGCACGAUACUGUGAUCUAUUACUCAAAAAGAGUUCUAAAAAUCCCGAAGAAGCCGAAUUAGAGGAUACUCUGAAUCAAGUGAUGAUAAUGUUUAAAUAUAUAGAAGAUAAAGAUGUAUUCCAGAAAUUUUAUAGUAAAAUGUUAGCUAAACGUUUGGUACAACAUAUGUCAGCUAGUGAUGAUGCUGAAGCCAGUAUGAUAUCAAAAUUAAAGCAAGCCUGUGGUUUUGAAUAUACAUCCAAGUUACAGAGAAUGUUUCAAGAUAUUGGUGUUAGUAAAGAUCUCAAUGAACAGUUCCGACAACAUUUACAGGGUGGAAGUCUCGAUAUCGACUUUAGUAUGCAAGUUUUAAGUUCUGGUUCGUGGCCAUUUCAACAAUCUUGUACUUUUAAUUUACCUGUUGAGUUGGAGCGAAGCUUCCAGAGAUUUACCACAUUUUAUUCGGGUCAACACAGCGGACGUAAAUUAAACUGGUUAUACCACAUGUCUAAAGGUGAACUCGUCACAAAUUGUUUUAAAAAUAGAUACACAUUACAGGCAUCUACCUUCCAAAUGGCUGUUUUAUUACAAUAUAAUAUGGUAGAUAGUUUUACAGUCCAACAAAUCUUCGAAAGUACGCAAAUAAAAAUGGAUUUAUUGACACAAGUUCUACAAAUUCUGCUGAAAUCCAAAUUACUGGUGACAACUGAAAAAGAUGGCGAUCUUUUACCUUCCACUGUCAUAUCUCUUUUUACUAAUUAUAAAAAUAAAAAGUUACGUGUUAAUAUAAAUGUGCCAAUGAAAACAGAAGUAAAAGCUGAACAAGAAACAACACAUAAACAUAUAGAAGAAGAUCGAAAACUGCUCAUACAGGCUGCCAUUGUUCGUAUUAUGAAGAUGAGAAAACAGUUAAAACAUCAGCAACUUUUAGCAGAAGUUUUGAAUCAAUUAUCUGCCAGAUUUAAACCUCGAGUGCCUGUUAUAAAAAAAUGUAUUGAUAUCCUGAUAGAAAAAGAAUAUUUAGAACGAGUUGAAGGGCAAAAAGAUACAUACAGCUAUCUGGCGUAAUUCAAUUUAAGUCAUACAUGGUAGAUUUCUAGCUUUUCAGGUAACGCUUGCUUGUUAACAAAACCCUAUUCUGUAUUGUUUGGUAUUAAGAAUAUUUUCUUAUAGCGUGACCGAAAAACUAACUAUUUACUUUGUAAGGCCUAACUAACAAAAAAAUACACAAAAAAAAGAUUAUUUAAGUUAUUAUGAAUCCAGCCUUAAUGUCUGAUAAGAGAAAUGUUUAUUGUUAGAAAUCUCUGCACAAAAUUCUUUAUUUAUUUUAAGUUAGAUAUUUAUUGUAUGGGGUCAGGAUUAUAAUUCCUCGAUAAGUCUAGUACACAUAGCUUCUAAGUUCAGCUAUAAAUUAACCUGACCUAGAUUAGGCAAUUAUCAAGACUAAUCAAGGAGUAUAUGGAAGUCUAAACAUAAAUUAGGCUGAAAAUGGGGUUUGGGGGCUGUGUGAGUUAAUCUUUUGGGGUAAUAUUUUAAUUUAAUUCUUAUUGACAUACCACAAGUGUCAUAGUGCUAUUUUUACAGAUAUUUUCAUGUUGAUAAAUUGAGGUAAGAUUAAAAAUGUUUCAAUGGAAUUUUGAGUUAUAUUAAUUUAUCUUAUGUUUACUAGUAACUUGGUGAGCAUUCUUGCAGGACCAUUACUUCUCUUUGUUGUCACUUUUUGAAGGGGAAAAAGGUUUUGUUUUGUAAUUUAUCUUCAUGAAAAUUGUUAAAUUAACAAAAGAUUCCAUGUAUCAGACGUAAUUCCUUAACCCUUUAGCACCUGGUACAUAUAAAUAUAGAUUACCCAGGUUCCAUGAAAAAAAUAAUGCAUUUUAUACUGGUGCAUCCCUAGAGAGCCCCAAAAUGUCUAAAAAUGCAAUUUUUCUGAGUUAAGGGAAUAGCUUUCCCCAUUUGAGGUCCUGUUACUAGUUCUUGGGAGGUGCCAGCCCUGUUCACAUGAAUCAAGCAGUUUUGAGUGCUCUUUGUUUGAGCUGUCCGUGUGCUAAAGGGUUAAUUGAAUUGUAACUACAUGGUGACCAAUGGCCUAGUGGAAAAGAAAUACACCUUGGUUAUUAUUCAAGAUAAACGUUUUAUCUUAAAGUUUACCUAGAGUUGAGUCAGAGUGAGUUUACCAGAUAUAUAAUAGUUCUACAAUUUAUAUCCAAACCAAAUGUUUACUUGAACAAGCACAAACUUUUAAUGAAUUGUGUUUGUCCUUUGUAAACUCUCAUAAAUAAGAACUUAAAUAAAAUCUCAAACUAAUUGUCUAGAUUAAAUUUUGUAAAUAUUUUGUGUUUUUAAUUUCUGUAUGAUUGUAAAUGUAGAGUUUGAAAUAUAAUUUAUACAUUGACAUCAUUUUUCACCUUGUUAAAAAUUCUCAUUAAAUCAUUUUGUCUGUUUUAAUACAUAUACACAGUGAAACCAACAUAGCAUCAAACUAGGAAAUUAGGCAGCUGUGGUCACAGACAUUGUCAGGUACAAAUUCAGGCUUUGUCGGGCAUAAAUCCCUCUGGUGUCAGUCAUUAUGUCUGACAAAGAUUUGUCUAUUGAUAUUUAUAAGAAAUGUCCGGUACAAAGUUAAAAAUGCCAGGUACUAGUCUUAAGUUCUAAGCCCGAAUAUAAUAUUUUAACAAUAUCAGGAGGCUGCCAUGAUUUUUGUGGGCCGUUUAGUUUAUGUAGACAAAUGACUAUCUCUGUAAGUUUUCAUCACUUGAAAUAGAUAUUUAUCACAAGUGUAUAAAAUAUGGUUGUCAUGACGAAGUCAGGUUGACCCUUUUGUCUCAAUAAUUACUGGUACAUGUAGUAGGUUCUAUGUUGGUUUCACCGUAAUUUGUUCAUAUUCUCCCCUAUAAAUAAUUACCAACAAUUUUUAAAACCUGUAAAAUAAAACCAUUUAGUAAUUUUGACCUUUUUUUUCCCAUUAGAUAGGCAAAAUAAAAAAUCAAUUAAGUUACAGUUAUUUUAAGAUUUAGAUUUUUGUAAAAAGAAAUCGGGUCGCUUUUUCUGUAACAUCUGUCACUAAAGUAUUUGAUGGAUACUGAUAAUGUCCUUCAGAUAUUUUUUAAUUUAUAAUUUCACGAUUAAAGCCCCUGAUUUCAUUGACUCAGUGCUGGUGCUUGGUUAUUUCAGGCAUUGUGCAGAGAAUACAGUACAGGCCUCCAAUAACACAUGUCAAAUUGUUUUACAAUGCCACUCAUUUUUUUUUACUAGAAAAGCACAAUUAGUAAAAUUUAACUACCGGUACAUUAAAAAGGCUUGCAAGUGAACUUGUAACAGAAGCAUGGCAGUGACCAUGAUAUUGCUUUUCUACGUAUCUUCUUGUGACGAAGUAAGAGAAAUAUCAUCCCCUUAAAAAAAAAAGUGGUAAAUCUUUUCAGUGCUAACAUUCUUGUCCCAAUUUACAUCUUUUUAACUAUAAUUUCAAAUCAUCAACAAGCAUAUCAGACAUAACUACUUAACGAUGUAUUUUAAUGCUUGGAUUAUUGUGUUUAGAAUGCAUCGAUAAAAUCUUUGUGGCCUCUUUCAUUCUCUAGUGUAUUUGUGAGAGAAACUGAUAUUACCCAUUAUCCUUUAAAUACACAGGUUUGGUGUUGCAUUAUGCAGCAGGUGGAUAUAAAUCUAAUUGGCUGAUUUUAAUGGACGACUUUCUGUGGUGCCAUUUUAUCAGGCUACCAUUAUAUUUCAGAUUAAAUCAGCUGUUUUAAAUUUUAUACUGCCUGUUAUUAGCAGAUCAAACCAUAUAUUUAGAAUUGGUUUCUGAUCAAUGAAUUGUUUUGUUUUUUUCCAAAAAUAAUUCUUGAUAGCUUCUAUUUAUAUGACAACUAUAUUCAUUUAUAUGAAUCGUACAAAAAUGGUACAAAGCCGUCUCAUAAGGCAGCUUGCAUAACCUCCAGCUUCACAUGGAUGCUGAUAUUCAACUUUUAGAAUCUGUUGACAUGAUUCAUACAAUUAGAGGGAAGAAAGGAAUAUGUAAUCUUGCUUUGAUUAAAAUUAACUUAUGAAAUGACACGAUAUGAUGAAAUCGUCCAAUCACAAGCAAGAUUACAGCUAGCAUGUCUCAACUCUAUGUCGUCCAAUCACAGACAAGUUUACAGCAAGUGUGUCUCAACUCUUUAUGUGUUAGUCUUACUUUAAACAUCAGUCUAAAAAUGUCUGGACGAAUAGAUAAUAUCAAUGAAGCAUUUUUAAAUGUCGGUAUUAAAUUAAACCAGUAAAAAAAAUAAAAUAAUGAACAGGGUGUCAACUAUACAAUAUAUCUGGUGUGAUGUGUAAAUAAUUGAAAACAUUGUACAUAGAACAAUAUAAUUAUAUCUGUACAGUUGUUACUUAAUAAAUAAACGUUUCUGUUCGGA